AUGUACUGCGAUUUUUGGCGGGCAUCUCCCAAUCAAUUUUCUUCGAUAACCUUUCUUUCCUUCCGUCCCGUCGCGAACAAGAUCAAAGCUUCUUCUUCACACCGGAUCCUCCUUCCUUCAACGCCCAACGCGCAGCAUCUACAUCAAGAAGGCGUUGAUCGUGUUAAGUGUUUUGCAUUUCCUCCGAAAUCUUCUUAA